AUUUCUUUUUUAGUGGAUGGGUCUUAUUGCCUAACUUGUGGAUCCGACAAGAAAAUAAAAUUAUGGAAUCCUUACAAUGGCUUUCUGCUCAAAACAUACGGCGGGCAUGGAAAUGAAGUGCUAGACGCAUGUGGUUCAUGUGACAGCAAUCAAAUCGUUUCUUGCUCGUCGGAUAAAUCUGUUAUUGUAUGGGAUGUAUCUACGGGUCAAGCAUUGAGGAGGUUAAGAGGACAUGCAGCAUCAGUUACUUGUGUUAAAUAUAACGAAGAAUCAACAUUAGUCAUUUCUGGUAGUUCGGAUAACACUGUAAUGUGUUGGGAUAUCAAAUCUCGAGCACAAGUUCCGGUCCAAACUUUAAAAGAAGCCAAAGACUGUAUCACCUCAAUUCAAGUUACUGAUCAUGAAAUACUCACAGGAUCUGUAGAUUGCUCAUUGAGAAGAUAUGAUUUGAGGAAUGGAAGAUGCGAGAUCGAUUUUGUUGGAGCUCCAAUACUAUCAGUUGACUUUUCUCGAGACAGGCAGUGCAUUUUAGUGAGUUCAGCUGAUAAUUUGGUGAGGUUGUUUGACAAGACAACAGGAGAACUCUUAGGAGAGUAAGUGAUACUAUUGAAUCAAUUUGU